AUGCAAAAUUUUGUUGUAUAUUCUCACGUUGAGUACCGGCUUGGCAAUUCACUUAACUUGGUUAUCGGCCCAAAUGGUACUGGUAAGUCCACACUGAUUGCAGCCUUGUGUCUUGGACUAGGUGGCAAACCUGAAAACUUGGGACCAAGAAAGCUCGAGGAUUAUAUUAAAGCCGGCUGCGAUACGGCAGUUCUUGAAAUCGAAGUCAAGGCUCCUGAUAAUGUCCCAGAUAAUUACCUUAUAAAAAGGACCAUUACUUCUAAGAAGAGCGAGUGGGCGUUGAAUGGACGGAAUAAAAGUGAAACCGAAAUUAAGCAACUUAUCCAACGGCUGAGAAUUCAGGUUGAUAACCUCUGUCAGUUUCUCCCUCAAGAACGAGUGGCCGAUUUUGCUGGGUUAAAUGCUCAGCAACGUUUGAGAUCCACUGAACAGGCGAUUGGAAGCGUAGACUUGUUAGAAAGACACGACCAAUUGAUAAAACUGAGUAGAGAUCUUGCCACAUUUUCGAAAAGUAAGGAAGAUGUCGACGGUGAAUUGGAGCGUUCAGAACGAGAGUUGGCAGAAAAGGAAGAGCUCGUUCAGUCCAUGGCAGAAUACGCUCGACUGCAAGAAGAACUAGAUGCAUUGAGAGAAGCGAUACCAUUUUGUGAGCUUAAUGAUCUUAAAGUGCGACGAAAAAGACUGAAAGAGUCACUGGAUGAAUGCAAUGAACAAAUAAAAAAUGCCAAGAACAACAAUGCCAGGAUAAAAGAAAGAUUAGACCAAUCGCAAGUUCUGUAUUCAGAAUCUGAGAAGGAAUUUGCAACUUCACAAGAAUCCCAUAUCACAUUGGAGCGGCAAGCAGAGAGAACUCAGAACAAAAUAGAUGAGUUGACUGCAGAUAUAAGAUAUAUCAAGAAGAAAAUCAAGCAAAAGGUGGAAUCUGCAUCUACGUAUGAGCUUGAUUUGAAAGGCUUAAGAAACGAUAUACUGAACUUAGAGAAAAAUAAGGCACAUCUGCAAGACCAACUCGCAGAUGGCCAACUGGAAGAGCUUAUUAAACAAAUGGAGCAUAUUGGCACUGAGUACAACAAGGUGAAAUCUCAAAGAAAAGCCAAGCUUGAGGAAUUGGAAACUAGAAGACGUGAAGAGUUUUCUCCACUUGAAGCACGCCUGAAGAAUUCUAAGGACGCCUUGAAACAGCUGGGUGAUGCCCAACAUCGAAGAAUGCAGUUUGUUAAGAGCAUAGGAUUCAAUUCGGAGGGUCGUAAUAUCAUAGCAGCUAUGGACUACGUUAAGAACAACCAAAGUUUGUUUCAAGGAACCGUUCACUGGCCACCAUUGCUUUCGUUAGCACUAAAAGAUCAAGACUGCUUAAUUAUGCUUAGUUUGAUGAAUAUUAAGACUAUGACUACAUUUGUUUGUGAGUCCAGAACGGACUAUCUUACUUUUACAAAGCAUGUUAUUGAUAAUCUACGAUUGAAUGUGAAUGUAGUGGAGUAUUCCGGAUCUAAGUUUAAAUCUCUACAAGAUCAUCCAUUGCCAAUUCAAAGAGAUUUGCUGAUAUCUAACGGAUUUGAUGGAUAUCUAGUGGACCUGUUAGAGGGACAUCCUUCCGUGCUGAAUAUGAUUUGUAUUGAAGAAAAAUUACAUGCUAUUCCUUAUUGCAAAAGUAGCCGAAUAUCAGAUGCACAAGAAACAUUUUUACAAGAACAAAAUUUCACUGGCCGCUUUAUUGACACAAAGAAAGUCGUUCAAUAUUCAAGGUCGGCAUAUGGUAGACGAUUAUUUACCACCUCUUCUAGAAAUCUUAAAGGUGCGUUUUGGCUGGGUGCAUUUUCAAAUACCACUAGUGAUGACCUCAAAAGGGAGCUCGAAGGAGAGAUCGAGCAAUACACAAUACAAAUAAAAGAGCUUGAAGAAAAUGUCAAAAGCAUCAAACAAGAGUACUUGUCUUUGGAGCAGAAAGAGAAGAUGCUUUCUGAAAAGAGAUUUGAGAUUCGUCGCAAGAAAGAAAAGAUUAUGACGUUAUCAUCUAAUCUAGAAAAAGUUGCAAAGUUACUUUCCGACAAGGAAAAUGAUUUGGCAGCUAAGGAAGCCAGCCCUCCUGAUAUUAUGAAGGAGGUUGAGCAAGCUCAACAAGAUCUUGAAGUUAGGGCCCGAAAAUUAGCCAAAGAAUGCACGAAACUUGCAGAAACGCUUGAUCAGCGGAUAGAUUCGGAAUGGACUUCUCUGCACUUGGGAGCCCGUAUGGCUGUUGCACGAAGACAAGCAACAGCAUUUGAUAAUAUUAUUAAGCAGGGUUAUGAACAUCUCGUUAAGCAGCAAAGUGAUAUUAAGGAAGAGGGAAGGAAAGUUGUUGUUGAUAUUAGAAAAUUGAAGGAGAAUCUGGCUCGCUUAGGUAGCGCCAAAUUCGGUGAGUUGUCAGCUAAAGCUGAGGAGUUCAGUUCGAAAAAAGCUCUUGAUGAGGCUAUUGCGAAGCUUAAUGCAAGGAUCGAAAUGGAAGGCAGUAAUCAAAUGGACAAUAUGGAAGAUAUACUUCAAAGCAGAAACCGGCUACAAACAUCAGUCACUGAUUUGAGAUCACAGGCAAGCGACCUUGAAAGUGCGACAGAGAAACUCGACCGUAGCAUUCAAGAAAUUGCGAAGCAUUGGGAACCGGAAGUUACGAAGUUGAUUGAUGAAAUCUCUGACAAAUUUGGUGAAAUGUUUGCACGGAUAGGAUGUAGGGGCAAGGUUGUUUUAAAAAAGAGUAGUAAUCUUUAUGAGGAUUGGGCUCUCGAAAUUUUAGUCAGCUUCCGAGAGACGUCGUCGCUACAAGUUCUCAAUGCACAACGACAAUCAGGAGGAGAGAGAUCUGUUUCCACUUCUUUGUAUUUGAUGUCACUACAAGGACUAGCUAAGUCUCCAUUUAGAGUUGUGGAUGAGAUCAACCAAGGAAUGGACCCUCGUAACGAAAGGAUGGUUCAUAACUUGAUGGUGGAUAUUGCUUGCUCCGAGAACACUUCGCAAUACUUCUUAGUCACGCCUAAGCUUUUGAGGGAUCUUUCUUAUCAUAAGCGUAUGAAAAUUUGUUGCAUAUAUUCUGGUGAUCAGAUUGGCGAAGAAGCAGCUACCAAAUUAUCUAUUUCGGGUGCUGUUAAACGCUUGAAGCGCAUGAAGGAGGACGAAUGA